CGCGUACAACAACACGCCAUCUCACAAAAAAAAAAAUGGUGCUCAAAACGACAGCUACAGCCACCAUGAGCAUAGCCACACCCCCACUCUCCUCCCUCUUCAAACCUCCUUUCUCCUUCCCCAAUCUCAAACCCUUCAAUUCGCCUCCCAAAUUUCACACCUUCAAACCCUCUCCUCUCAGAAUGAGCUGGCUCAGCAAGCUCGGCUUCGGCCUCCGCUCCGCCGCCGAUUCCUCCUCCUCCUCCGCCAUCGCGCAGGGCCCCGACGACGACAUCCCCGCUCCUGGCCAGCAGUUCGCCCAAUUCGGAUUGGGCUGCUUCUGGGGGCCAGAGCUUGCCUAUCAGAGGGUGCCAGGUGUGACCAAGACGGAGGUUGGUUACACGCAGGGCUAUUUGCAUAAUCCGACCUACGAGGAUAUAUGCUCCGGCACCACCAAUCACUCCGAGGUCGUCCGCGUUCAGUACGACCCCAAGGAGUGCAGCUAUGAUACGCUGCUUGAUGUUUUUUGGGAAAGGCAUGAUCCCACUACUCCCAAUCGCCAGGGGAACGACGUAGGAACUCAAUACAGAUCUGGGAUUUACUUCUACACACCGGAACAAGAGAAAGCAGCAUUGGAAUCGAGGGACAGGCAACAAAAGCUUCUGAACAGGAAGAUAGUGAGUGAGAUAUUGCCUGCCAAGAAGUUUUACAGAGCUGAAGAGUAUCACCAGCAAUACCUUGCAAAGGGUGGCCGAUUCGGUUUCAGGCAAUCAUCUGAGAAAGGCUGCAACGAUCCAAUUCGUUGCUACGGGUGAGGUGCGAAAGAUGUAAAUUGUGUAUUGUUUCAAGGUCCUACUGGUUAUAUAAUUUGUCUCUUUUGCUUUUGUUCUUAAAAGAAUCUGAACACUCUGUCAACUACCAAUUUCGGUGUCAUUUGUUGUAUAUGUUCUUAAAUUACCGUUGUGUAAGUUCAUGUGAUGAAAGACGCAAUUAAUUAUGAGGUUGGUAAUAUGUGUGGUUA